UUCAUUCACAUAAAGGAAAGGAAAACAACUAAUAAAGGAGAAUGAAACAUCACCAAUCUUUCCUCAUGUCAUGCACAGUUUCACUAACUUUUCAAGUAAUAUUUGUUAUAUAAACCUCCAUGCAGUUCCUCUGUUGGCUAUCAUCAUAGAAAACAUAACACCCCCCCACCACCACAACCACCCUACCGCCACCGCCACCAAGCCAUUAUCCUCCACCGUUCUGUCUCCACACAAUAAACAUGGGUGGUUUUAGUUUAAGAAGCCUCACAUUCAUGCUUAUCAUUGUUCUUCUUAUUUGGAGUUCCAAUGUUGAAAUUUGCAGUGCAAGAAGAGUAGGCAGGCAUUGGAGGAAAAAUCGAAGAGCCUCGGAUUCUCUAUUCAAGAAGAAAGGGAAAAAUCAUGGGAGCAAUCACCACAACAGCAAUGGUGGUAAGUCCAAACAGAAAGUUCCAUCACCACCGCCAUUGCCACCACGAGGCUCAGGGUCGAAAAAAGCUCCACCAGUAACCCCGCCAGAGAAAGGUGUAGACAAAUCACCUCCUUCCACUGUCUUUAACGUGCUGCAUUUUGGUGCCAAGGGGGAUGGAAGGUCAGAUGAUACCAAGGCAUUCCAAGCUACAUGGGCAACUGCUUGUAAAGUGGAGGCUUCAACAAUUAAUGUACCAUCAGGAUAUAUAUUCCUUGUGGGACCCAUUUCAUUCUCUGGUCCAUACUGUCAACACAAUAUUGUUUUCCAGUUAGAUGGAAAAAUUGUUGCUCCAACAAGCUCAAAAGCUUGGGGUUCAGGUCUUCUACAAUGGCUUGAAUUCACAAAACUUGUAGGAAUUACAAUCAAGGGAAGUGGCACGAUCGAUGGGAGCGGUGCUGUUUGGUGGCAAGAUUCCCCCUAUGAUGAUCCUAUAGAUGAUGAAUCAAAAUUAAUUGUUCCAAUAAACAGAACAGUCACAGAAAAACCUCCAAUUCCUUUGAGAGGCUCACUUGGCGGGAAAAUGCCAAGCAUUAAGCCGACAGCACUAAGAUUCUAUGGGAGUUUUAAUGCGACAGUCACUGGCAUCACAAUUCAAAACAGUCCUCAAUGCCACCUCAAAUUCGAUAAUUGCGUUGGGGUGUCAGUGUACAAUUUUAGCGUCUCAUCUCCUGGUGACAGCCCGAAUACAGAUGGAAUUCACCUGCAAAACUCCAAAGACGUGCUUAUCCGAAGUUCCAACCUUGCUUGUGGGGAUGACUGUGUAUCAAUACAAACUGGAUGCACAAAUGUAUACAUACAUAAUGUUAAUUGUGGACCGGGACAUGGAAUCAGCAUUGGAGGGCUAGGAAAAGACAACACCAAAGCUUGUGUCUCAAAUAUCACUGUCCGAGACAUCAAUAUGCAUAAUACCAUGAAUGGUGUCAGGAUAAAGACAUGGCAGGGAGGUUCAGGUUCUGUGCAAGGAGUGCAAUUUUCAAACAUUCAAGUUUCUGAAGUCCAACUUCCAAUUGUAAUUGAUCAAUUCUAUUGUGAUAAAAGAAAAUGCAGUAAUCAAACAUCCGCUGUGGCUCUAUCAGGGAUUAAUUAUGCAAAUAUAAGAGGAACAUACACAGUAAAACCAGUGCACUUUGCGUGUAGUGAUAGCAUGCCAUGCACGGGGGUGACCCUUACUGGCAUACAGUUGAAGCCACUGCAAGAACACUACCAUAUGUAUGACCCGUACUGUUGGCAGACUUUCGGAGAGCUCUAUUCUCCUACUGUCCCUCCCAUUCAAUGUUUACAGGGAAAGCCAUUGAGAAACAAGAUUCACAAAGAUACUGAUUCAUGUUGAGUAUGGUCAAGGUAUAUUAUAUAUGGUGUAUUCAUUUGUGCGGUUGGCAUGGUUAUGCUGACCCCUUUCACACCAUUGCUUAGUGAAAUAUUGAAGAAUAUUUUCGUAGUAUAUAUCAGAUUAUACAACAAAUCCAUUACUAAGAUUAUGAGUUU